CAGGGCUACGAGCAGGACCAGCAGCACGGAAACCUUUUGCCGGCCGUCGGCGCUCUUGAGCACAACGACAAUAGAUUUGCUUUCUCGGAUAGAGCUCACAUUGACGAGGAAGAAGACAACACCUCCUCUUCUGUCCAGAGUGUGAAGGAAGAUGACGACAUGCACGAGUCAUCAGAAGCCUCCUAUAACCCCUUUGCGAGAGCGAAUGCUGCAAGCUACGAGCAACCAGCAUACCAGUCGUCGGAUAUCCCGUACAACCCGUUUGCACUGGAAACCGUUGUCGAGGAGGAACCGCGGCGCAACCCUUUCGCCAGCCAGAUGACAGAUGACGCGUCGGAAGCUCCCAAUAACCCCCUUUCUCGCAACAUGACCAGUGCUGCCGAAAACUUCCUGCGAUCAGCUAGCGCUCUCGGUCAUAGCCAGCCAUCUUCCCCCGAGCAGAGUUUCGCUCGGUCUGGUAGUGCGCAAGGACACCGCGACAGCUUUAGCUCUAACAACCCGUUUGCCAGAAGCAUGGCCCCUCUUGGACAGCAAGAUGUUGCGCACUCCCCCGAAGAACCCUUUGACCGGCCAACCACCGCGCAAGGUCACUACGAGGCAGAGGACACCGAUACUGACGACGAGGAAGCACUCGCGGCGGCCGAAUCAACAUACAAGACCUUGUUCCCUGUGCGGCGCAGCCCCCCCGUUGCCAACGAGGGCCUAGCAUCUGCAGCGCAGAACAUCGAGCACCGACAACCUACCCCGCCAGUUCCCGAGUCGGCAUAUAGCAAUCCCUUCGCUGCAACAAGCAGUCCUGUUGGGGUGAGCUCUGCUGAACCACGGCCCCAUCAGGGCUUCUCAUCCCCGACUGGCGAGUUUGAGGACUCGUUUGCUGGUGCUGACGGGUCUAUGAACCCGAGCGCUCAGCAGUUCGCCCGGGAGAGCAGCCCGUUUUCCGCCAGACAUCGUGCGUCGUCAUCUCUGGACAGCAUCCAGGAACGCUACAACAGCGAGUUGGAGGAUAUGGAAUCCGACUCGGAAGAGCCAGAGAGCCUCACAACCUCUCAGCAACUGCCAGCUUCGCAGCACCACGCCAUCCCCCCUAUGCCGAGCAUCGCUGAGCGCUCCUUUCAAGAAUUUGAAGAUUCUGACGAGGAGCAAGACUUGGAAUCUCGCGGACCCCAGAGCGACCGUAUGGAUAAUGUGUUGACAUCUCCCGAAAACAGACCAAGCUCCCCUCCCCCUCCCUCCCCCUCACGUUCUCUGAACCCCCACGACCUCAACUCUGAAGAGGUGAAGAACUCGUCCGAAGACGACGAUGAUAUCUACAGCGCUUAUCUAGCUCAUCCCGUACAGACAAGCACUCUCUCAUCAUCCCAGGAUAGCGAAACGCCCCUCCCUCCUUCUCCUCACCGCGUGCCCAGCUCUCAGGGACACUACAGUCAGCAACCGGAACCGGAAGACUCGGACCCCGCGUCUGGCCCACUGCCUCCCCUCGCCCCCAGCUCCCUCUAUCAAACCCAACUGCAGGUCGAGGAUUCAGAUGAGGAAGAUCAAGUUGUCUUGCCCGCGAGCAUUACCCAGCCUAACAUGCCUAGUGCAAUGUCAUUGUCGGAGAACCGGGCGACCCCUUCACCACCACUAUCACCUCCACUACGUGCCCCCAGCUCUCAGGGUCUCGAUAAUCAAGAGCAUCAGGACUCAAGUGAGGACCAAGCUCGACCUGGUCAGUUCCCCUUUUCAUCAUCAUCUCAGUCUAGGGCCACCCCGCCCCCGCCUCCGGGAGCCCCAAGCUCUCACGGACAGUACCGCCAGGAUCUUGAGGAUUCGUAUGACGAAGAGGAUGAAUGGGAUUCGAAAGCCACCUUGCCCGGCCAGACUUCAAGUCUGUCGACGUCGCAAUACAGGACAGCCCCGCCAUCACCUCCGCCUGCGCGUACAACCAGUGCACAGGGCCACUACCGUCAAGAACUCGAAGAUUCGGACAGAGAGGAGAAUGAGGAGGCAUGGGAAGCUAAUCAGUAUGGUCAGACAACGAACUUGAUGGGGGCAAGCAAUCAGAUGGCUCAGACCAAUGCGACGGAGCCAGCAGCAUUCAGAGAGUCGGCACCGGAAACAAGCAGCCAGGACCUACAAAGUCAUCAAAGAGAAGAAGAAGGGGAAGAAAGCGAUGAUUCUUGGGAGAACAUUGGGCAGCGCGGUGAGACACACGCAGCCGACUCGGCAGACUCGACAUCCCCCGCGCUUCCCACGUCCCAGCUGCACGCCGAUGACUACAAACAACAAUGGUCGAAUGCGAGCAAUGACCGUAUUUCCACAACAUCCACUUAUCUCCAACAAUCCGGGCCAGGAGACUUCACAGACACUGAGUCUCAGGAGUACGUCACCCCGUUGCCUUCGGCUGGGUUCAGCGCGUCUUCGCAGUACGCACAAGGGGUCAUGGACUCGCCACGACAUCCGGAAUCGGCCGGCCUCAAGAGCACCUACGACCAAAGUUACAACCGAGGGGCCACGAGUCCCUCGUACGGCCAAGACGUGUCAUUUGACCGGAAAUCGUCGCUGGCCGAAGAGCUCGCCCAAGGCCAUGACUCUGACUCGGACUCGGACGUCAGCGAGUACGACCACAGCCAAGCACCUGCGUUCCUCACCCAAGGCUUCACCUCCCAGCAGCAGCAGCAGCAACACCACUCCAACGAGCCUAUUGUGGAGCGGGUUGUCACCACAUCUCACAGCGAUGAAGAGGACGGCCCCAAAACCGCAGUGAUCACCCCUGACGAGCACCCGGCGCAGCACGCAUCUGCUCGCUUCGGGGCAACAUCGUGGCGUGACGAGCUCAGAUCGCCCGUCCUAUUUGGUGCUACAAGAACCAGCCGCUCGGGUUCUUUUAGAGAAGAUGUCCAGCAGUCUCUUCGUGAUGAAUCCGAUGCUGGCCAUCCAUCUCCCCCUCAGUCCGCACGCCAGCCGGAACUUCACGCUCAGGAACCGUACGUGCCGCAGCAAUCUCAAUUUCAUGGCCAAGAAGUGCGUGAUCAACAACCACAGUUGCACGGGCAAGACCUGAACGCCCGCCCGCAGGGUUCUGAACAGCAUCCAUACGGCCAGAUGCCUCUCGAAACGCAACUUUUCGGGAUGACCGGAGGCUCCUGGGAGCAACCGCAAGCGCAGUCUGCCCAACCGACAGCGUCGCGACCUGAAAUUCAAGUAGACACAUCGGGCUUCCAAGCAGAAGAGGAUGACGAGCAGAGAACUCCGCAUCUGGCGCCACAGCAGAGCGAGCAACACCCGGACGUCAGCCCCAUGGCGUUGCACCAGGAAUCGCCUGCGACGCCGUCAUCGCGGGGGACCCCCUCUCGCGGCCUCGCGUUCAGCAGACACAAUCCCGAACGGCCGCAGACGCCGCCUGCUCAGACCGCCGCGGAAGGGGGUGUUGAUCCCGAGCUGAUCAUCCCGCGCGACGUGACACAUGUGCCAUGGCGCGACAGGUCCGACUCGGUGCCGUACUCGGUGCAAAGCCAGAGUACCAUCGACUCCAUGGCGUCUUCGCCGGUGCACUCGGCGCUGCAUGUUGACAAGCACGAGCCUGUCAUCCGGGACUCAUGGCCGGCCUCCAUGCACAAUCUGACGAGGCCACGCAACGACUCUACACUGACGGACCGCGACGACUACGACCCCUUCAAGUACGAAGGCGGCGUCAAGGCGAUGCGCGGGCCAUCGGGCUCCGUAGGGUCCGUCUCGGACAGCCCUCAUCGGAACUCUGUGUCGAGCAGCUCGCCCGGGGGCCUGAUCAGCAGGAUGCGCGGCAUCUUCGAGAACUCGCAGACCAAGCAAGAGCCGGCGAGCCCGGCCCGAUCACGGCCCGUGUCCGGGGUCUUCCACCCCGUGCAGCGUGCCAAGACCGGCAGCGGAGGCAACAGCCCCGGGUACGAGCAGCGCAAGGCCGGGUUCCUCAACGAGGUCGAAGACGAGAUAGACGAGCAGAGCGCGCUGCUGAGGAGCUCUGCUGGCGGGCUGGACGAGAAUUGACCACGCUCGGGCGG